AUGGAGGGUGCAGUCCUGCUUGUAUUUGUGCAUGGGUUCAAAGGCGACGCGAAAAAGACGUUUGGCACCUUUCCCGAGCGCCUCGCACAUAUCCUGCACCAAACACACCCGCAAUGGCACAUUGACGCCGUCGUGUACCCCACGUAUGCGACGCGCGGCGCAAUGGACCGCACAGUCACCGAGCUAGUAGCGUGGAUUAACAGCGAGGUAGAUGCGCGCGAAUCCUCUUUUGGGAGGCAAUGCAUGGUCGUCCUAUGUGGCCAUUCCAUGGGCGGCAUGAUUGCGCUGGACGCGGCGCUUGCGCUGCAAAGUACGCCGCACGCGGUGCGCGGCGUGCUUGCAUUUGAUACCCCCUACCUUGGCGUCCACCCGCACGUCUUCAAGCACAGAAUCAGCGCGACGUACGACACCGCCUUGAAAUGGGGCGCCGUGCUUGCGCCGCUCACCGGCGGCAUCGCCGCGCGUUUUGCCGCGCGGAACGAGGAAGAUGCGUCGCGGCGCGCAGCAUGGAUAGGUGCCGGCACGGCGCUCGCCGCAGGGACAGCGAUUGCAGCGGGCGCGCUCUUCACGCGCAACGACGUACUCUCGGAUGCGUAUACGUGGGCCACGGACCACCUUGCGUUUGUGGGCAAUUUGUGGGAUGUAGACACACUGCACGCGCGCCUCGACGAGAGCUACCGCCGUGCGGUGCCCUACCACUGCUUCCAUACACGUCUAGCCGCAGAUGCGCGCACCUUUAUUCUGCCGCCGCCGCCGGACUCGGCGCAUGUGCCGCACUUUACCGCGCUGGACGCCGCGCACGCACGCGACGAGAUCGAGGCGCAUACCGGCAUGUUCCGCGAAAGCAACGGGGCAUACUAUUCCAUGGGGCUAGGUACGUAUUCGGCCUACUGA